AUGGAUGUGUGUGGUUUGUCGCAUGCUAAUUGCAUCGACUUUGUUGCUUCAGUCCCUUUCUCCAUUAGUAGCUGCAGUGCUUCCGGUUGGGUUUGCGACGAACCGUCGCAGCAGCAGUUCCCGGUUAGUGCGAAACAACUUAUCGAUGAAGAGGAAAAAGUGAAGUAUCGGGCAACACUGUGGGCCCUGUUUCCUAAUCGUAGUUAUGACAUAUGUUUAACGUUGAAUGGCGAUAGUGACGAACACUUGAGUGAUGCAAGGGGCACAUCCCCUUUGAUAAGAAGUGAAUCUACAAAAUAUUGCUUCUCUUACAACACAUUACCGCUCGGAUGUGGUAUUCGAGAUCCCGUAUCAUUUAUCUACGAUGCCACAAUUCUUUGUCGCAGCGACUUUUUGGACUGUCUAUUGGCGCAACCCAAGGAUUAUAUGUUUAUAUACCUUUCGAAGCAUUGCCUAAAGGAGUUAAUUGCGAGACUUUUCUAUCAGACCCUCUUCCCACUUCCACUGUCCCAGAGUCUUGGCCUUUGCUCACUCCCCAACUACCGACAGGGUCGUUACUGUUUGGAUUUGGAAAGGGAAGAAUACCCCUGGUUGAGGAACAAAAAAGUUAAGCGCCUUGUAUCUUCCGGCCUUUACUCCGUUGCGGUAAACCGCGACCUCAGCAAUUCGUUGCGGACAGCACAGGAAUAUCACUUACAACGAUGUGGUAGCACAUGGCUUAAUGAUAACUUCAUAGAAGCACUUACUGAUAUGGGUGAUGAUAAGCAACUAAAUGUAGGUAUACUGGCAGUGGAACUUAUUGAGGAGAGCACCGGCACUGCUGUUGCUGGUUGUUUGGGGUUCGGCAUCGGCUCGGUAUUUCACGAUUUCACGAUGUUUACUUGCCAACGCACCACUGAGAGUUAUGGAACCAUCAUCACGAAAGUUAUGGGUGCUGCAUUGCAAGCUUGCGGGUAUAACAUGUGGUACUGGGGGGACAAAAUUGAGUAUAUGAAGCAAUACGAAGGGAGUUAUGGUGCUCGGUUCCUUGGAAGGGAAGAAUUUCUGCGGCGGUGGGCCCUUUACCGUGAUAAAAAACCAAAAUAUUUUGUAGGCGAUUUUCUUCGUGCAGGGAAAGGUCUCUUAAGGAGCUGGAGCGCAGCACUUUCAGAUUCCAAUGCUGUUGUUCGCUGUUAG